AUGUCGGGCUCCACCUCACCUUAUUUCCCUCAUUUCCUUUGGGAGUUCUGUCCGUCGCAUGUCCAUAUGCAUGGGACCAUAUUUGAAGACUUCAACUCUGGCUUUCUUGAUGUCGAGACCCAGAAAAUCUUCAAAGAAGCCGAGCAAAGCUUCACGAAGCUUGAGCCUGAUGCUCGGUCGGUGGUGACCGAUCUUCUGGACCGAACUGUGUGGAGCGAGGAAAACACCAAGCGAUCCAUACCAUUCAAUCGACGGGAUGUCGAGAUCUUGCACAAAUACUUUGUCUUUCUUCGUUUCUGCAACAGCGCAGCGUACCGUCAGAUGGUUGUCAGCUUUCAGAUGUCAGGCUACGAGGGGCCCAAAGACGGACUAAACUUCAAUCUUUAUAAACCAUCCGUCGCCAAGCACCGCAAGCGACUUAUUUUGCAUGGGUUCAUUGAUUUUUUGGAGCAUUCUUGGGCAAAUGGCUUGAUACGGUCGUUUUCAGACGAACGGUUGCCUAUAGGGUGUGCUCUGCGUUGGCAUUGCUUGCGAGACCAGGAGGUCGUUCUUGCAGAUUGCUGUUUUGGUAGUCGGGAUGAGGGAUUCGACGAGGAUCCUUCCUUUACUUCUCUCUCCGGACUGUUGCAUUUUCCAUAUCAUCGUAUGCCGAGUUUCGGUGGAUCCAAGAGCAUCAGGACUAUAGCCGCUUGA